GAAAUUUAGGGCAUGGAUGAGGACACAACGGAUCCAACUCUUUUUUAUAGUCUAACAGGGAGAAAACGCCGCUUUCCUUUGAUUCUCUUUCCGGUUAGGGUUUUGCGUGGUGUUCUCGUUGCAGACAUCGCAGUUCAUUUAGCAAGAAUUAAUCAGGAUGGUGAGAGUCAGUGUCCUGAAUGAUGCUCUCAAGAGCAUGUACAAUGCCGAGAAGCGCGGAAAGAGGCAGGUCAUGAUUAGACCUUCCUCGAAAGUGAUAAUCAAGUUUCUUCUUGUUAUGCAGAAACAUGGCUACAUUGGUGAGUUUGAAUAUGUGGAUGACCACCGCUCUGGUAAAAUUGUUGUCGAGUUGAAUGGCAGGUUGAACAAAUGUGGUGUUAUUAGUCCCCGCUUCGACGUGGGUGUCAAAGAGAUCGAAUCUUGGACAGCCAGGCUGCUUCCAUCUCGCCAGUUUGGUUACAUUGUGCUGACAACAUCUGCCGGAAUCAUGGAUCAUGAAGAGGCAAGACGAAAGAACGCCGGUGGCAAAGUUCUUGGCUUUUUCUACUAGAUCCUUUUCAGCUCCCCUACUCAUACGUUUAAGAUAGGUUUGAUUGAUUUCCUUCGAUGCCUUUGGACUAUUUUUGCUAAAAACAUCUGAACUUUUCCAUCUUGAUAGUUGUAUUAAGUGUUUAAGAUCUUUGUGAUACUUUUGCUGAAGGAAUGAUGAACUCAAUUACAUCUUUUUUUCA